AGUUCAAUCUGACCCUCAUGAUAAGAACUUCAAAUAAGUUAAAAACCAAUAGAUACAUGCACAUCAUAUCCUCCAAUAUCAUCACAAAAUUCAUCUAUAUCUUCAAACUGAGUAAUAGUAAAACAUGUUUGAAUUAGAGACUAUGGAAUAUGGUCAAUAUAGUAGCUAUUCAGCAGAAGCAGCAGCAGAGGAAGAAGCUUAUGCAACCAGCAGCACAUCUUCCAUGGCAAGAAAGAAGAAAAACAAGAAUACAAAAAGGUUUAGUGAUGAACAAAUCAAAUCAUUGGAAACUAUGUUUGAGACUGAGACAAGACUUGAACCAAGGAAGAAGCUGCAGCUGGCUAGAGAGCUUGGGUUGCAGCCAAGACAAGUUGCUAUAUGGUUUCAAAAUAAGAGAGCUAGAUGGAAAUCAAAGCAACUUGAAAGAGAGUACAAUAAACUUCAAAAUAGUUAUAAUAGUUUGGCUUCAAGAUUUGAAUCAAUGAAGAAGGAAAAACAAACAUUACUUAUUCAGUUGCAGAAGCUGAAUGAUCUAAUACAGAAGCCAAUAAUAGAGCAAAGUCAGAGUUCAUCACAAGUUAAAGAAACAAACAGUAUGGAAAGUGAAUCAGAAAACGGAGGAACAAUCAAAUGUGAGGCUGAGGUGAAACCAAGAACUUCAAUGGAAAGAUCAGAACAUGUUUUUGAUGUUGUAUCAGAUGAUGACACAAGCAUAAAAGUUGAGUAUUUUGGGCUAGAAGAUGAGCAUGGGCUUAUGAAUUUUGCUGAACAUGGUGAUGGAUCAUUAACUUCACCUGAAAAUUGGAGUGGUUUUGAAACAAAUGAUUUGUUAGGAGAAUCAAGUUGUGAUUAUCAAUGGUGGGACUUUUGGUCUUGAGUGAAACAGAACAAGUGAAAUUGUGUGGUUGAAAUGUAUGCAGAAUAUAAUAUAUGAUGUUAUGUGACAUCAAUCAUUGUUUUGUUGAAGAUGUUGGCAGGGUGAAAAUCAAAAGACAUUUUGUUUUCUGUACAA